AAUGAAGAAACUUACACUCUACACUCUCCCAAAGAUUCCAUGCACAGUUUUGUCUGAUAGUUACUGCUGUCCUCUGGAUUGAAUCAUUUUGCCAUUAUAAAGCUCCCCUGUAUGAUAAUGUUAUAGCAUUCUGCCCAUUGUUCAUAUAACUUAAUGAAUCAUCUUGCCAUUAUAAAGCUCCCCUGUUUGAUAAUGUUAUAGUACUCGGCCCAUUGUUCAUAUAACUUUCUUAGAUUUUCUUGCCAUUGUAAAGCUCCCCUGUUUGAUAAUGGAUCAGAAGAGCUUGAUCUGUUUCUGUUUCAUCACCUGCAUUGUCCUCCAGUUCUUAGCAGCAUGGCCUGAGGGAGCAAUGACCAGAUUCUAUGAUUUUAAGAUACAAACAACGACCAUUACAAAGCUGUGUGCAAGCUCCACAAUUGUCACAGUAAAUGGAAUGUACCCUGGGCCUACUGUAUAUGGUCAGGAAGAAGACAGGAUUAUAAUGAAGGUUACCAACCUUAGUCCUUAUAAUGUGACACUCCAUUGGCAUGGAGUGAGACAGCAGAGGACAUGUUGGUUUGAUGGACCAGCAUAUAUCACACAGUGUCCAAUCCAAGCAGGGCAGACUUUUGCCUAUGAAUUCACUCUAUGGAAGCAAAAGGGGACCAUGUUCUGGCAUGCCCAUGUCUCAUGGCUAAGGGCAACUGUGCAUGGCGCCAUUGUUAUUUAUCCAAAGACAGGGGUCCCUUACCCAUUUCAGUUCCCAUAUGAGGAACAUGUUCUUGUUCUAGGUGAGUAUUGGAUCCAGGAUGCUCAAGUUAUAGAAAAGAAAAUCUUACAAUCAGGUGGAGGUCCGCCACAAGCAGAUGCUUAUGUUAUAAAUGGACAUCCAGGACCUCUUUACAACUGUUCUAGUGAUGAUGUGUACUCAAUAGAUGUGAUCCCUCAUAAGACAUAUCUUCUUAGGAUCAUCAAUGCAGCAUUGAACAUGGAGCACUUCUUUGCAAUAGCAAGUCACAAGAUGACAGUGGUGGAAGCUGAUGGAGAAUACACCAAACUUUUCUCUACAGAUUAUUUGGUGAUAACUCCUGGUCAGACCUUCAAUGUUUUGGUAACUGCAGACCAGCCAGUGGACAGAUACUCCAUGACAAUGGGCCCUUACAUGUCUGCCAAAAACAUUCCUUUUCAGAAAUUAAAUGCAAUUGCUUAUUUUAGUUACAGAGGUUUUCAUCCUCAACAAAAGUCAUUUAUAGCAGCCAACCUCCCAAUCUUUAAUGACAAUCAAAAGAGCCUGUCUUUCAUGAAUGGACUCAAAAGCUUGGCAGAUGAGCAAAAUCCCAUCAAUGUGCCUGUGGUUAUAAAUCGACAUCUCUUUUUCACUGUUGGGCUUAAUGUUUUAAAAUGCAAAUCUAAGCCUGAAAACUGCACGGCACCUGGUAGAGGAGUUUUUGCAGCUUCCAUCAAUAACAUAACAUUUGUAAGACCCAUUAUUUCUAUAUUGCAAGCUUAUUACAACAAUAUCAGUGGAUAUUACACCACUGAUUUCCCCAUCAAGCCAUUUCAAAAACUUGACUUUGUUAAUGGUGCACCAAACAAUCCGGGAGUGGAUACACAAUCUACUUUUGGAACUAAGGUGGUUGUUCUGGAGUAUGGAUCAAAUGUGCAAUUGAUUCUACAGAAUACAGGAACUGCUGGAACAGAGAACCAUCCAAUUCACCUACAUGGUUUCAGCUUUUACUUAGUAGGUUAUGGAUUUGGCAACUACAAAGCAGAUAAAGCAGUCUUCAAUUUAGUAGAUCCUCCAUACAUAAACACUAUAGGUGUCCCUGUAGGAGGAUGGGCAGCUAUCAGAUUUACUGCAGACAACCCUGGUGUAUGGUUCAUGCAUUGCCACUUGGAAGUUCACACCACCUGGGGAUUGUCCACCGCCUUCAUUGUCAACAAUGGCAAGAAUGUACUGCAAACAUUACCCCCACCUCCAUCUGAUUUGCCUCUGUGCUAGCAAAAAGCAGAUUACUAAUCUCAUUUUCAAUGUGCUCAAAUGUAAAAUUGAUGCAUGAAAACAUAGAAGUGAAUGAUCUGAUUACUAUAUAGGUUCCAUAAAUCUUGUCAGUUUAAGAGAAUGGUGAAAGUUCAGAUCAUCAUCUUUACCUAUAGGAUUCUUUAAAGUGGACUACUAUUUGUAUCUAAAUAUAUUCUUAAAUUAUGUUUGGAGGCAGUAAUCCAUGCCAAAGAAAGAGAUUUUAAAAUUGU